GAAUAUUCAAGACAUGGGUCAUUUAUUCUGUCAAGAUCAAAUUGUCGCGUCAAACGUCAAAUCAAAUGUCGUCAAAAGUUCGAAGGUUCGAUUCAUGAUUUGCAAUAAUUCGUAUUAAUUGACCGAUAAAAUAAUAAUCUAAAUACCAAGUGGACGAUGAUUUCAUGAAUUAAAAUAUUAGCUUAGUCUCGAUCCCGUUUCAAUUCAUUAUUUAAUUUAUUUUACUGACGCAAUCCGUCGUAGACUCACGCACGUAAACCGUUGUGUAUUUUUAUUUGUUUUUUUUUGUUAUUAAAUUAUUUUUUAAUAAAUUUUGUGAGGUGUAGUUCUUGUUUUGUAUGCCUGUUUUUUGUUGUUUUUAUUGUUUUUAAUAACUAACUAUGGUAGAAUUCCAAGGACUGUUGAUAUGUGUGCCUCUUUAUACUGCUGGGGUGCUAAUACUAGGUGCCUCGCUGUCUGCAAGUCUAUUUGUGUUCCAUGUAGCUGUGGUACCUCUUAUCUUCAAAUAUUCAAAGGGCUUUAGAAGAAAUCUAGUAUUUGCUAAUUUUGUACAAUGGCCUCCGAACACGGAUUUCGAGGAGCCGACGUCAGCUGGUAUCGAGGGGGCGCGAAACCUUAGCAUAGAGUACCAGUCCAAAGUAGACAAAUGCAAUGUCAAAAUUGGUAUCUGGCACAUCCUCCCGAAGACGGCGUACGAGAGGCUGAAAGGUAACUUUGAGAGUACCACGGACCGGGAGGAGCUGAACAAAAUACUUGAUGACGAGCUCACUAAGUCCAAGAAUCCUGUCGUACUCUACUGUCAUGGCAACUCGAACUCCCGAGCAGCCACGCACAGGAUACAGCUGUACAAGUUCUUCCAGAAAAUGGAAUUCCACACAAUCGCCUUUGAUUAUAGAGGUUACGGUGACUCCACAAACCUUCGUCCGACGGAGGCGGGCGUGGUGGAAGAUUCCCUCGUGGUAUACGAGUGGUUGCUCAGUACACUUGGUGGCAACGGCAAGCUCUUUGUCUGGGGACAUUCGCUAGGUACAGCAAUAUCAUCCCAUCUACUGGGCAAUUUAAGAGAACUAUCAGUUACCUUACUAGACAGAUCUACCCCCCUACCGUUGCCCCGAGGCCUUAUAUUGGAAGCUCCAUUCAAUAACCUGGCUGAUGAAGUCGCCAAGCAUCCAUUGUCGAAGCUGGUGACUUGGCUCCCAUACUACGAGUGGACCUUCGUAGACCCGUUCCGGAGUAAUGACGAACAAACAUUCAAGUCUGAUGAAUAUUUAGUCAAAGUGAGGUCUUUACCCAUCCUCAUACUGCAUGCUAAGGAUGAUGUUAUCGUGCCCUUCGUGGUUGGAUUGAGAUUAUACAGAUCGGUAUUACAAUCCCGAGGUAAAGACGACGCAAUGAUAAAGUUACAUGCGUAUGAAAAGAAGGAGGAUCUAGGCCACAAGUGGAUCUGCCACGCUGCUGACCUACCUGAUGUUGUGGGGGAAUUCGUGACUCAACACAUACAAUGAUUUGAAACAACAUCAAGUGAUGGUGUAUUUCUUCAAUUCUAAAAAUCAUGAUAUACGUUAAUGAUAUAAAUAGCAUCGCGCUCGUUUCUCUGAAAGAAUAGAUAGCAGUGAAAAAUAUACUCAAUUCUCUUGAAAAAUACUCUCUAGUCUGCUUUUUACUUCAGGGUAAAGUGGCGUGAUGGUAUGGAUGUACUUAGACCCUAUAAUCAUGUUCCUAAUAUAAUAUUCAAAGUAUGUAAGUUUUUCCGUAUAUGUACCAAUUGAAAUUGAAUUUUAAAAGUAUGUAAAUAAGAAAUAAAGUCUAAAGAAUUGUCAACGAAAGUCUAAAGUCUGGAUUUGUGCCUAAGUAAGCUUAGCAGUAAUAAAAUUGAUAAUAGCUAACC